UUCGCGAACGAUGGCUUUGUUAAAAGGCGCAUUGCUUCUAGUAUCAGUGGUCAUUGCAGUUUCCUUGGCAGAACGUCACGGUAAUGUGCUGUUAAACGAUAUCUUAUCUACUGCGGAUGUAGAUUCUGACGAGGGUUUCCGGCUUCCGAGGGACACCGUUCCCAUCCACUACACAAUUCGCCUGCGGACAGCGGUUCACGAAGGCGACAGGGACUUUCUCGGGAGCGUAGAUAUUCACCUCGAUGUGGUGCAACCUACCGACAAUAUAACCGUCCACAACCGAGACCUUGAAAUCACUUCAGCAGUACUCUUCAGCGUCAACGGGGAAGAUUGGACUGAGAUAGAUCGACCGUCAAGCACUUAUGACGAGCACACGGAACAUCUGACCUUCCAGUGUGCAUCUGGUCUUCUUCAAGUCGGCAACAAUUACGCUCUGCGAAUUACAUAUAAUGGAAGACUGCAAACCGAAAUGUCCAGUGGAUUCUUCCGGAAAUACUAUCGCGACGAGAACAACAUCCGGCGGUACAUCGCGGCGACGCAGUUCGAACCGACUCGGGCCCGAAUGGCAUUUCCAUGCUACGAUGAACCUUCGUUGAAAGCGACCUUUACCGUAUCGUUGAUUCAUCACUCGAGCUACAAUGCCGUGUCCAACAUGCCCCGUGAAGAUCCUCUGGUGGUGGACACUCUCGAUCCGGACUUUUUGGUGAGUACCUUUGCCGAGUCUCCGCGGAUGUCGACUUACUUGGUGGCCUUUGCCGUAACGGAUUUCGAGACGAGAACUUGGAUUCAUCAGGAGAUCCAUGCACGACCGAACGCCAUUAACGAUACGGAGUUUGCGCUCAGUGCGAGUGAUAAAAUCCUGUAUGAGUUCAACAAACAUCUGGACAUCUCGUACUGGAAUUAUAUGCCAAAAUUAGCUCAGAUUGCCAUCCCGGACAGAGGUAGCGCAGCGAUGGAGAACUGGGGCCUGGUGACCUACGGUGAAUCUGUUCUUCUGUUCGAUCCGGAUGUCAACACUUAUCGAACCAAAGCGGACAUUACUACGACUAUCGCCCACGAAAAUGCUCACCAGUGGUUCGGCAACUUGGUCACCAAUGAUUGGUGGAAGUACCUGUGGCUAAAUGAGGGUUUUGCCACCCUGUACGGUUACUACGGAGCUCACCUAGCAUACGCAGAAGAGCAGUACAUGGACCUGUUCCAGUUACAGGUAGAGCAACUGGCUCUAAUCUAUGACGCCAGUGAAACAACGCGUCCGAUGAACUGGAACGCAGAAACGCCUGCCGGGAUCUCCAGCCUGUUCGAUACCGUUGCUUAUCAGAAAUCCGCUAGCGUCAUCAACAUGCUCCGCAUAAUUCACGGAGAAGAAAACUUUCGAGAUGGCUUGAAGAAGUACCUACUGAAUCGCGAGCUAAGCACUGCUACGCCUGAUGAUUUGUAUGAGGCAUUACAAGAAACCUACUCUACAUGGCGUCCUCUUCCGAUUGAUAUGACAGUAAAACAGUUUAUGGAAACCUGGACAAACGCACCCGGAUAUCCCGUGGUCAACGUUCGUCGAGUGUAUGGUGGUACCCAAGACGCAUUUAUUUCUCAGGAACGUUUUCUGGCUGACAAGAAACUACCAGAAAGCCACGUCUGGUACAUUCCCUACAACGGUCAGUAUAUUUCGUUUUUAAAUAUAACCGUAUUCAGUUGGCUAACCGAGAAAGCUACAAAGCGCUUCCUUAUGAUUGGCGAUGAUGAACCACUCAUCCUGAACCGAAAUCUGAAUUUUGGAUUCUACCGAAUUAACUACGACACUCGCAACUGGGAGUUGAUCACGGCUGCAUGGAUUCAGUCUCCGGACAACAUUGAUCCAAACAACCGAGCUCAACUGAUCGAUGAUGCCUUCGCCCUGGCCCGCGCUGACCUGCUCGACUUCAGCAUCGUUUUACGUCUGCUCACCGGACUGAAAAACGAUUUCUACUACCUUCCGUGGGCCUCGGCCGAUAAGGUACUGACCUACCUGCAUGACAGAUUCCGUGGAACCAGUGAGUGGCACUUGUUCGAAUUCUACGCCAUCACAUUGAUCGACAACAGCUACCGAAACAUACAGCAGUUCGAUGUCAUUGAUCCUAACGAAACGCUGAAGCAGAAACACUUCAGAGAACAGAUCCUUUCAUGGGCAUGCCGACUUAAGGAUUUCGGGUGUUCGGAGAAAACCGAGCAAAUGUUUAAGACAGCGGUAAGCAGCAACAGCGGAGUUCAUCCGGACAUCUCUUCGGUAGUGUACUGCUACGGAGUCCGAUAUGCUAUGGAUGAAGAAUUCAUUUGGCUGUAUGAGCGUAUGUUUAACUCGCACAAUGAAGCCGAACGUGCAUUGCUCAUCAAAGCGCUGGGUUGUUCACAGAACAAGGCGCACCUAGACGCCUACCUGACUACGUCGAUUGGCUCCGGUGUUGGAACGGAAGUAAACUACUUUGACCGAGAGCGUCUGCAAGUCCUAACUGCGGUCUACUCAGCCAGUCGAGUCGGAGUGGAUGCGUUGAUCGAUUUCCUCAACAACUGGGACAUGGCCGAUGACUUCAUCUACUGGUUGGAGCAGCCGGCGUUUGACAACGCAAUCGCCAACAUUGCUGCCCGAACUAAUACCGAGGUGGAGUUGGAUCGACUGAAGGAACUAUUCCAAACGGUCGGAUCAUUGGCCCCGGAAAGCGUAGUCAACACUGCCAUGGCAACUGUUAAGGCUAACCUCGAUUGGCACGACAGUUUGGAAAGUUUUAUCAUUAUCGAUUUUUUCGAAAGAUACAUAAAUGAGGCUUCUCCAUCAAAUAACCAUGAAAUGUAA